ACGUGAAAACUUUAGCCAAAACAUACAGCUGACACAAGAUGGACAUUACAGAAGUUCCCGUAAGUCAGGGCAACACAAGUAAGAAAAAGAAGAACAAGAAGCCAAAGAAGACUGUGAAUCCGGGCGGAGAUGGAGGAGACGGCGGGGCUGAGACGAAGGAGGAGAAAAUGGAGAAGAGCGACCCCUCGACGGCUGCCUUUCCUCCUACCUUCAGUGUGUCCGAAAUCAAGAACAAACAGCGAAGACACCUCAUGUUCAUGAAGCUCAAGCAGGAGAAAAGAAAGCAAAAGAUGCAGCUGAAGAAAAAGAAGAAAAAAGAAAGGGAUGCUUUGGGUGACAAGGCACCUCCAAAAGAGGUCCCAAAGACGAUAGAGAACCAGAGGGUUUACGACGAGACAACGGUUGACCCAGAAGAUGAAGAGAUUGCUUUUGACGAGGGAACUGAUGAAUUUUCCUCCUACUUUAACGGGAUAACAAACCCCAAAGUGCUCAUCACAACAUCAGACAGACCAAGAGGGAGGACGGUGAAGUUUUGUGAACAGCUGGCCACAGUAAUCCCAAACGCCCACGUGUACUACAGAAGAGGUUUGGCCCUGAAGAGGAUCAUUCCUCAGUGCGUCGCUAGGAACUUCACCUACCUCAUGGUCAUCAACGAGGAUCGCAAAGUGCCUAACGGGUUGGUUCUCUGUCAUCUUCCUGAUGGACCAACUGCACACUUCAAGGUCAGCAGUGUUCGACUACGCAAGGAGAUGAAGAGACGAGGCAAAGAUCCGACCGAACACCAUCCAGAGGUGAUCCUCAACAAUUUCACCACACGUCUGGGACACAGCAUCGGCCGGCUGUUCGCUGCCCUCUUCCCACAAGAUCCUCAGUUUGUGGGUCGACAAGUCGCCACCUUCCACAACCAGAGAGACUUCAUCUUUUUCAGAUUCCACAGGUACAUCUUCAAAAACGAGAAGAAAGUCGGUAUUCAGGAGCUGGGACCUCGCUUCACCCUCAAACUCCGCUCACUACAGAAAGGCACCUUCGACUCGAAGUUUGGAGAGUAUGAAUGGGUCCUUAAGCGCCACGAGAUGGAUGCCUGCAGGCGGAAGUUCCAGCUUUGAAUUCAAAACAACAACAACCAGCUGUUUUCGUCAGGCAAGGACGACCUUGUUUAUUAUCCAAGAUAUUACUCAUGUUUGUGGCUUUACACAAAUGGACUGAAUAGCUAAUUUCCACAUUAUUUGUGGAAGAACAGUACUGGUGAGGAUUUCAGGGGAUCACAUUGCUGUAGAUUUACACUCACCUUGAAAAUGACUUCUAUAAAGCUGCAUCCGCAGUACCCUCGACAGACGUAAGUGUGGUACAAGAGCCUGUAGCUCCUGGCAAAGACUUUUACCCUCUCUGUUAGUUGUUAGUGGAGACCAGAGGAGACAUGCAGACUCCUCACAUUAAUCCCAGUAACCUGAAAAAUUUCAGAUGUAGGGUCUAUAAAAUGUAUCUCCACAUAUUGAAUGAAUGUGGCCCAAAAUGAAAAGUUAUUGUGAGCUUGCUCUGGUCCCAGCAUGCAGACGUACACCUGUUACAUCCUGGUAAUGAUACAAGGAGCAGUGAACAGUAGCCAGCGUCUGGAAAAGGAUAAAUGGUUCAGAUUGUGUCAGUGCAGCCGCUUCUGUAUGUGACAACACUUUCAAAAUUAAUUAUGGAUGACGCAUUGAACACAGUCACAGAUUCUUAUGUGUAUAUACUCAUUUUAAUAAAAAAAAAAGUGGCAGCAAGUUUAAAA